AUGGCGCAGUGGGAUAAAUUGGGUAUGGAUAUUGCCUAUGAAGAGGCUUUGAAAGGCUAUGAGGAGGGUGGCGUGCCAAUUGGUGGGUGUUUGAUUGACAAUAAGGACGGAAAGGUUCUAGGUCGUGGCCACAACAUGAGAUUUCAGAAAGGCAGUGCUACGUUGCACGGUGAAAUUUCUACUUUGGAGAACUGUGGACGUUUGAAAGGCUCUGUGUACAAAGACUGUACGUUGUACACCUCACUCUCUCCUUGUGAUAUGUGCACGGGAGCUAUCUUGUUGUAUGGCAUCAAGCGUUGCGUUGUUGGCGAGAACAUCAACUUCAAAGGCGAAGGUGAAGAAUAUUUACAAAAGAGAGGGUGCGAAGUCAAGGUUGUCAGCGACGAGCGUUGUCAGAAAAUCAUGAAAACGUUUAUCGAUGAGAGACCCGAGGACUGGUUCGAAGAUAUCGGAGAAUGA